AAAGUUUAUUGCAAGGCUGUAUAACAAGGACAAGAGCAGGUUAGAAGCUGUGUGAGUGUCAGUAAGACUCUGAGGUUUGAGUGAGAUGUCCAGAAGCGCGUGCCGUCUGUCGUCCGCGGAGCUGCUGCUCACUGCGCUGCUCGCGCUGCUCUUCGGGGUCUGUGUGGGACUCUGUGUGGUCACGUGGCUCGCUCUGGACAGCACAGCUGCGGCUGGUGACGGAGACGCGAGCGGCUCAGAGUUCACCGGGAGGCUCGUCGUCUCGAACGGAAGCGUCUUCACGGAGGAGCUGCUGGACAGAAACAGCGCGCAGUUCAAGGCGCUGGCGUACGACACCGAGCAGAAGAUCGAUGACGCUUACAGUCGCACGUCCCUUAAAGAGCAGUUCAGAAGCUCUAAGGUCAAUGAAUUCCGUGAAGGCAGCGUGGUGGUGCUCUUUGACCUGGUCUUCCGAGGCGCUCUGGAUCUGCAGACGGUUCAGGAGCAGCUCGUGGAUGGUUUAACGCAGGCUGACGGAGCUGAUGAUGGACUGCUGAUUGACCUCGACAGCGUGCGGAUCUCAGAUAAACCAACUACAACCCAGAGAGCGUCCACAGCAGAAGCAGGUGGGACGGGUUUUAUCUUUUAUUGCUCGCUCAUUAUGACUGGGACAGACGUCAUGUCAGGGACAAAUUGUGCACGUGUUGUCAGUCACUGCGGUCAGAUGUCCAGAUGGGAUGGAGGGGUGUGGUGUUGUGUUGGGUCGGUGUUUUUCUCUGUGUGGGAUCUGUGUUGUGGAGCAAGAGUCUGUGCUGAUGGCACCGAUGAGGAUCAGGCUGUCUGUGCAACAGUGUGUGACGGUCAGUUUCUCCUGCUCGGUCCGACCGGAUCCUUCCACUCGAAGAACUUUCCCGAGGCCUACGACAGUCCCACAGCCUGCCGCUGGAUUAUACGAGUGACUGAGGGCUUGGCCGUUAAAAUAGUCUUUCACACUUUUCACACGGAGCACGGCAUCGAUGUUCUGGAGCUGUAUGAGGGCACGGGUCCCACGAAAACACUGACACACUCUCUCUCGGGCACAUCACCUGGAGACACAUGGCUCCUGUCUCAUGAAGCCACCGUUGAAUUUAAUGCAGACUACAGCAACAGCCUUCAAGGAUUCAACGCUUCGUACACGGCAGAGAACUUCAGUGACCUCUCUAAUGAAGAGAAGAUAAACUGCUCCUUUGAAGAGAACUUCUGUCUCUGGAGGCAAGAGUUUUAUGAUGAUGGCGACUGGUUACGAGCACAAGGCGCUGUUCUCCCCCCCGACACCGGCCCAAGCUUCGACCACACGACCGGCAACCAAUCAGGGACCUACAUUGUGAUCCCUCGGACCCCCGGAAGUUGGGAGAAAAGGUUCCGUAUCUACAGUCUUCCUCUGACUCCAACGAAGGAAUCAAUGUGUCUGCAGUUCUGGUAUCAUAUGUUCGGCGAGGAGGUUUGGCGUCUGACGGUCACGGCACAGGAAGGCUCAUCCGGCACCGUCCUCUUCCAGAAAGAAGGGAACUAUGGUGACAGCUGGAAUUAUGCUCAAGCCACGCUAACCAUCGCUGCUGAAGCUGUGGUGGUGUUCGAAGCGCAGAAGAGGGCGGGAUUUCGGAACGACAUCGCCCUGGAUGACAUCAGCAUCGAGUCUGGUUCUUGUGGCGUGGCCCCUCCGGAGCCGACCCCGGUCCCUCCUCCCACCACUCCUCCUCCCAUUCCAGAGGACUGCGGGGGACCCUUUGACCUGUAUGACUCCAACUCGACUUUCAGCUCUCCAAACUACCCCAAGGGCUACGGACACAGAGCUUCGUGUAUGUGGACUUUACAUGCUAAGGAAGGACAGAACAUCCAACUGCAUUUUCAAGACUUUGCUUUAGAGAUGGCUUAUGAUGUUUUGGAAAUUCGAGAUGGAGUGACGCCCUACUCAGAGUUGCUAGGUGUCUUAACCGGGGAUCGUUCCUUCCCGGAUCUGUUUUCCACAAGCUCUCAGAUGACGGUCAUGCUUUUCACGGAUGUGUCAGGCAAUGACAGAGGCUUUCUCGCCAACUUUAGCACAGGCUUUAACCUCGGGCAGCCAGAUCCGUGUCCCAGCGGUCAGUUUCAGUGUGGCACAGGAGCGUGUGUGUCCAGCUCAGGUGUGUGUGACGGAGCAGAAGACUGCGCUGACGGCUCUGAUGAAGCAGACUGUGUGCAUAUAAUCAAAGAUGACGUCACUGCAGCUGAACGACUGAGACUUCAGGUCCAGAAUCAUCUCUACACGGUGUGUGCUCAAGACUGGAGCUCUCAGCUCUCACACUUCUUCUGCAGAUACCUGGGCUACAGGUCAGGAGAGGCCGGGUUCUCCAGCGCUGUGGACGCAGAUGCUCCUUUUACAACUGUGAGUGUGAAUGCGAAUGGCUCGCUGGAUCUGAAGCCCAGUGACACGUGCCUCAGCGAGAAGAUCGUGUCUCUGCACUGUGACAAUCAGCCAUGUGGCGCCCGUAAAGUGCCCUUAAAACGAGAGACUGAGGUGGAGACGGGAGGAAAGCAAGAGGGCCGAGUGGUGGGCGGGCAGGAUGCUCAGAAAGGGGCGUGGCCAUGGAUAGUAUCUCUGCGCUGGUUGGGCGGUCACGUGUGCGGAGCCACUUUGAUUGACAGGGAAUGGCUGAUCACAGCCGCACACUGUGUUCACGGAAAGAACGUGCACCUGUCAAACUGGGCAGCGGUGCUGGGUCUUCACUCUCAGUUCGGCUCGGAUAACUCGCACAGACAGGUGCACGCGGUGGAUCAGGUGAUCAUGCACAAGCGCUAUAACAGGAGAACCAAAGAGUCGGACUUUGCUCUGAUGCAUUUACAGACGCCUGCCAACUUCACAGAUUACAUUCAGCCCAUCUGCCUCCCAGAUCCCGGCGCUCCGGCUGAAGAAGGGAGGAAGUGUUUUAUUGCUGGCUGGGGAUUGCAGGCUGAAGAUGGCGCCGUCGCUGAUGUGUUACAGGAAGCCGUUGUGCCGAUUUUAAGUAACAGACAGUGUCAGGAAUGGCUUCCGGAGUACAGCUUCAGCGAGCGGAUGCUGUGUGCUGGCUUCGCUGACGGAGGAGUGGACACCUGUCAGGGGGACUCUGGGGGUCCGCUGAUGUGUGAAGAGGCCGGCGGCUGGGUUCUUGUAGGAGUCACAUCGUUUGGUGUCGGAUGUGCUCGACCGCAGCGGCCCGGAGCGUACGCUCGCGUCAGUCAGUUUGUUCAGUGGACGGCAGAGAAGCGACGCCUCUAUUCAGACUGGAGAGGGCUCUAAUCAUCCCCCACGCAGAUACGACUCAGCCCUCCGCUGUUCUUCCCUCUUUUUUUUUUGACAUUUUUAAAUAUCGCUACUUCAUCAGAAUGGUAUGGCAGUCACUAUGUGAACAAAAAAAAAAAAAUCAUGGACUUGAUUCAGAAAAAGCUAAAUGGUUGUAACCCCCCCCCCCUCCAACAUUUCAAACAAAAAAAAUCCAAACCUUUACAAAAAGUUGUCUUUGAGACUGUCUAAAUAUAAAUCCAAAUCCACAACUUUCUAAAAAGAAGUAUUUGUCUAUAAACAACUAGAGAAUUUCUUAGUCUUUUAUACAGAGCUCUCUAGGAAUCUAGAGGCCAAACCACAGAACUGCAGGGUUUUCUUUUUAUCUUUUUACUUCCACCAGAUGAUCUAAUCUGCCUUCUAAAAUUAGAUUUUUUAAAUCAUUUUCUCCAUUUUAACAUGAAAGACAUAAUUGAAAAAUAUUAGAAAAAUACUUUUUUUUUCCCCAAUGGGAAAUAUUUGUCAAUUAUUGCAUAAAUAUUAAUUAGUAACAUUAAAUUCUCUCAAAAUACAAUAAUAAAAAAUAUUGAACAAAAAUAUAUUAUAUUGAUUUUACUUAAAUUAAAAAUUACAUUUCGUGUGUUCAGUGACCGUGAGUCCCAAAUGAACCACAGAGGGUUAAACCAGUUCAUUUGUUUAUUUCCAUUGGUUUAAGCUCAGGGCAAUCACGAAGUGAUCUGUGCACUUUAUUGUCAUUACAAAAAAUGUAAAUGUGAAUGAUGGAGGAAAAUGUGUGUUAGUAAUAUUCAUCAAAUGUAAUAUUGUAAGUAAUUCUGAAAUGCUCAUUUUGCAACAGUUGUUUUUACGGUGUAUCAUAAAGACUAUUUCUUGUAUCGUUUUAGAUCUCAGUUAUGUUAGAAUUUAAAAAUACACAACUUUGACAAUUAAUGAGGAAAUAUAGAUGAAGCGGUGCAUUUCUCAAUUCAGUACAUGCAUGUAUUUUAUACGUAUAAUGAUUUCACAAACCAACUGCAGAUGUUUGAAUGAAGUGUAAAUGAAUCAUAUUUAUAAUUAAAUACCAUUAAACAUGAAUGUUCUGUAAUGUAAGUA